GUUUUUCAAGCGUCUUCCAAGACGCGGCAUUACACUGUUCUCAGUUGGCGUCCACGUCACGUCGUCAAUCUAACGUAGUCAUCACAUAGCUCAUGCUUGGAUCGGCCGCCAUUGUCACAUUCAGUCACGAUCAUGGGAGAUCUCACACCGAGCGGAUCAUGGGAAGCAACGUGGUACGUGUUACAGAUAGGACGUACAUGCAGAGUCUACAGGGUAAACUUAGGGACAACUACGAUGACAACUUGAAGCAGAGGAUAACUGCACGUGAGGCAGAUGAAGUUGAACGAGAGAAACGAUUGAUUUUGGAAGGAAAAAUGGGCGUCGAAGAGGCACCUGAAGCGUUGGCUGAUCAUCCUGUUUUCAGGAUCACGCAGCUAACCAAUAAAAUGCUUCAGGAUCGACGUAUCAAGCAAUCGAAGGCACGUCUCCCGAAGGCCCUUCGCGACCUGGACUACGAGACGGCGAGGGAGGCAGCGCGCGACCGCGAGGUUCCCGAUCAUGAGGAGUCAGAGCUCGCAGUCGAACUGGACCUCGAGGAGGCCGAGCGACAUCGCCGCCUCCAGGAGAUCGCCAAGGACAUCUCCAACGAACAGCUGUUCACGCAGGAGGACUUUGAUCGCAUCAAGUACGAGACGCCGCUUGUCAAACAGCUGCGAACCGUCGAGAGCGUUGAUGAGCUGUAUCGAUUGGCAGAGCAGAUAAUACACCCAUGAAGUCCAGUUGCAACCAUCGAAAUAAAAAUUGCAACAAGUUGUUAUAUUUAAAAUUCAGAGCUCUGAAUUUUUUUUCAUUCAUUUUUUUCUAGAUAAAUAUAUUUUUGUAUAAGCUUCUCAACAAGCAUAUUAAACCAAUACAGCUUACAAAAUUGUUUAGUUGGAUCAAAGGAAUCGUGAAAUAAAGAAACUCAACAAGCUUUAAACUUUUUCAGUAACAUGUAAUCGUAAUGUACUGUAAUUACUAUUCAGUAAUUAAUAUUCUAUUAGAUUGACAAGGCCCGGUUGCACAAAAGCCGGUUGAAAUUUAACCUUGAUUCAUUUCACGAGAGCCUUUCAGAGAAGGCCUUCGUGAUAAGACGGUUUCUCCAAUUGGUUCUUGUAGAAUUAAUCACGAUUAAAAAUUCAACCGGCUUUUGUGUAACUGGCGCUAAGUAGUACUUUACUGUUUUAGAAAUUACUUGUACGGAAAUAUUUUUCAAGAAUUAUUGUUGUUAGCUAUUAUUAUCAUAGUGUUAGUGAAGGUCUCGUAUUAUAAAACAUCUUGCUGACAGUAAAUAUCUAUGGACUUGUAAUACUUGGAUGGAUCUCUUUAUUUUUAAGUAACUUUUUCGAGUUUUAGAGAUACUCUUUAAAACCAUUUGAUUUAUAUUAUUGUAUUAUCUCAAUAUAAAUUUGAUAACUUUGUACGUGAACUUGGAUUGAUUCAAUAUCUUAAAUUUUGAAUUAUUUGUGUUAUCAAGAGUAUGUUAAAAAUAUUAUUAUAUUUGAUUGGAUUAUGCUAUGGGAAUUGUACUACUGUACUGAAAUUGUUUUCCUAACAUUUGAAGCUCUCAUUAGUGUAAAUCCAUGAAAUCUCGACAAGGUUUUCAUUGUAUGUAUUCUAGAUACUUCUUUUUAUUGAUCACGCUAUAAUAAUUUCCAAUAUCAUAGGAAUUCAAAUUAAAGAAAGUUUCCAUCUAUAAUUUAAUUAUAAAGUCUUGCAUUUUAUUAAUUGUUUUUUCUUACCUUCCAAGGCUACCUUGUGAAUUUUCUAAUAAGAAGUGGAAGCGAGAAUUCAAACUGUUCAUUCUUACUAUUUUGGUUAAAUACAUUGAGAAUGAAGUCCCAUUGAUCUUUUAUUUUGCCCAAUUCAUCAACCAAAUGCUUUUUUAAAUCAAU